CUCUCACUCACUCUUUCCUACUGUACGCUAGUCUCCCGCCGUCACCUUCCAUUUCUCGGUCAUGGACGUUCACUUCCUUCUUGACUUCAAGGUUGUCGCCCGAUUUCCUGCCCCCUCUCGCUCUUUAUCUUUUCAAAUGAAGGGCUGUCUUGAGUCUUCAUGUUUUCUGCUCGGUCUCGAAUUCGCGAGCAAGAUGGAAUCUGCAGAGUGCAUGUCUCCUAGCAGUUCCUCCGGCCCCUCCCCGGACCCACCAAGGACCGGACCGUUUGAUGAUCGGUCCAUCCUCCGUGACUUCACCUUUCCGGGUCCGACACUCAUCGAGAACCGACGACAACAUCCGUCCUCUGUCUUUAGCUUUUACGUCCACUUGUUCUUCAUCUACAACAGUAUUUAUCUUGCAGACAAAAUACAAGCAAGAAGGAGGCGAGUGCCUUGCAUGAUGUUGCAACCAUGGCUACCAUCAUCACCACUUCACCGUGCCACCCCCAACCCAGCCUCAACCAACUGGGACGCUGAGCUUCUUACUCCUUCAUGUCGCAAAUAGUAGAGUCGCCCAAGUGGAAAUCUACACCCAUCCGCUCAAUAUGUAGAGCUGCAUAGCCCCUAGGUUGCAUUCACCUUUCGAGGGACUGUCAACACCAAAAUUGAAACACCACAAUGUCAACAUCUGCGUGUUAACGGCGCCGCUUGUUCAGCACUGGUGAGACUGAUGUU